AAUAUUUAAAAGGAUAGAAAAAAUCAACGCGGCUCUCGAAAACCCUAACAUCUUCUGAGAUGGACGGAGACGGAUCCCCCCUAUCGUUGCCGAGACGCCGGGUUCCAGAAGCAUCACAUGCUCAGCGCACGGAGAAUUUCGUCCAACACAUGAAGAUUUGGAUGGAUAUCUGUGCGAGCAGGACUAUGAUUAGGGUUGAGGGAUUCAACACUUCCUCUGAUCGCCUUGUGCUCUACAGGGCCUUGAAAGACCUCUUCGAACCGUGUGGAGAAGUGGAGCACAUUGAGAUCAGGGUAGAUCCGGAGUCAAAACUCAUCAGGUCUUGCCUUGUCAAUCUUCUCGGACAAGGUGCCAAAGAGAAAGCUUUACUUCUCAACGGUAGCAAAGUUGGAGAAAGGACCCUGACUCUCUCAGCAGUUGAGCCCACUGAUGGGUUGACUACAUCAGUUCGAGCUGCUAAGUACGUGGCCAACUUCCAAAAGAACAGGAGCGAAGUCAUACGCGUAACUGGAUAUGACCCUUCUCUUCCUCAAGAAGAUCUCAAGAGUGCUUUAUUUAAGCACUUCGCUGCGUGUGGUGAAAUCACGGACAUCUUCGUCCGAGACAGCUAUACCCUUGUCCACCUGUAUGGGCUAGGCUCUCUGCAGCGAGCUGCCAAAUUGCAUCAAACCGACAUCGGAGGAGGCUUCACGCUGUCCGUCGAAACCUUGCCCUUUCAAGCUGGCCGUGGUUUCUCAGGCACCUCUGAUGAUUAGAAGAAACCCUUGGGGAGAAGAGUGUUUUCUUGUGUUCUCAAGUCUCUAUAAAUAAGCCUGGAGAAGAGUUUACAAAAAAAAAAAGUCUCUAUAAAUAAGCCUGUAAUAUGCAUCGUUUUAAUAUUUCAGUUUCUUUAAAAUUUGCUAAGCUUAAAACACUUUCACCUCUGCUGUUGGUUCUUUGUGAUUAUAACCCUUUUAGUCA